UCAGCCCAGGUGUAGGUGAAAUGGUAGAGCCUCAGGGGUAAUAGACGCAGUGCUCUCAAGCUGAAGUUUAGCACUUUUGUCCUGACGGGCUCUCUAGCAGCCCAGCGACCGGCAGCUCCUUGUACAGUUACAAAGUCAACAUGCUUCUUGCCGCUCAUAUUUAUGCUUAAUCCGGAGGGCAACCUGGAGCGAGGUAAGAGCAGCAGAUCAGCCCUUGGACUUCAGUGCAAGGACUACGGACAGCAGAUGCAGCCAGUUUAAACCGCAAUCCAUGGAACAGCCUAUAAAGUAACAAGGAGGAGAAAUCAUCACAAGGAGGCCUUCGCUUCAGCAGGAACUUAAAAUGUCCAGGUCCUUAAUAAAUUGGACUGAAAAAAUGUGUCUCAGGAAGUAAGAACUUUCCUAGAAAAAGGUUAUUCCAGAGCUACUAAUCUUGGAGCGAUUCCUGUAGAUUCAUCAGCCCAGGAAAUCCUGCACAAGUUACUCUCAUGGAUACAACAAACUCCUGCUGACAUUCAAGGGAAGCCCUGUAUGUGUUUCCAGAUUCUUUGAACUUCUCUGGCCGCACAAUACAGGAAGGAGGGCUGAAGGAGCUGAGAGACCUCCAGCGACUGCAGCAUGGGCUGCUUCCCUGGGGUUGCCUGUCUUUUCUGGGGUGUACUACUUACAGCAAGAGCAAACUACCAGACCGGGAGGAACAAUGUGCCCAGGCUGAAAUUAUCUUACAAAGAAAUGUUGGAAUCCAACAAUUUGAUAACAUUCAAUGGCUUGGCCAACAGCUCCAGUUAUCACACUUUCCUUUUGGAUGAGGAACGGAGUAGGCUGUAUGUUGGAGCAAAGGAUCACAUAUUUUCAUUCAACCUGGUUAAUAUCAAGGAUUUUCAAAAGAUUGUGUGGCCAGUGUCUUACACCAGAAGAGAUGAAUGCAAGUGGGCUGGGAAAGAUAUUCUGAAAGAAUGUGCUAAUUUCAUCAAGGUCCUUAAGGCUUAUAAUCAGACUCACUUAUAUGCCUGUGGAACUGGGGCUUUUCAUCCAAUUUGCACCUAUAUUGAAAUUGGACAUCAUCCUGAGGACAAUGUUUUUAAAUUGCAAGACUCACAUUUUGAAAAUGGACGUGGGAAGAGUCCAUAUGACCCUAAACUGCUGACAGCCUCUCUUCUAAUAGAUGGAGAGUUGUACUCUGGAACCGCAGCUGAUUUCAUGGGACGAGACUUUGCUAUCUUCCGAACCCUUGGGCAUCACCACCCCAUUAGGACAGAACAACAUGAUUCCAGAUGGCUCAAUGAUCCAAGAUUCAUCAGUGCCCAUCUCAUCCCAGAGAGUGACAACCCAGAAGAUGACAAAGUCUAUUUUUUCUUCCGGGAAAAUGCGAUUGAUGGAGAGCAUUCUGGAAAAGCCACUCAUGCUAGAAUAGGUCAGAUAUGCAAGAAUGACUUUGGAGGACAUAGAAGUCUCGUGAACAAGUGGACAACAUUUCUGAAAGCGCGCCUGAUUUGCUCUGUGCCUGGUCCCAGUGGCAUUGACACCCAUUUUGAUGAACUGCAGGAUGUAUUCCUAAUGAACUCUAAAGAUCCUAAAAAUCCUAUUAUCUAUGGCGUGUUUACAACAUCAAGUAACAUCUUCAAGGGAUCUGCAGUGUGCAUGUACAGCAUGAGCGAUGUAAGAAGGGUGUUUCUUGGUCCAUAUGCUCACAGAGAUGGUCCCAACUAUCAGUGGGUACCUUAUCAAGGAAGAGUCCCCUAUCCACGGCCAGGAACGUGUCCCAGUAAGACGUUUGGAGGCUUUGACUCUACAAAGGACCUUCCUGAUGAUGUGAUAACCUUUGCAAGAAGUCAUCCAGCUAUGUACAACCCAGUAUUUCCAAUUAAUAACCGCCCAAUAAUGAUCAAAACAGAUGUAAAUUAUCAGUUCACACAAAUUGUAGUUGAUCGAGUGGAUGCAGAAGAUGGCCAGUAUGACGUCAUGUUCAUCGGAACAGAUGCUGGAAGUGUUCUUAAAGUUGUCUCAAUUCCUAAGGAGACUUGGCAUGAUUUAGAGGAAGUUCUUCUGGAAGAAAUGACAGUCUUUCGGGAACCAACGACUAUUUCAGCAAUGGAACUUUCCACGAAGCAGCAACAACUGUACAUUGGGUCGGCAGCUGGGGUGGCCCAGCUACCGCUGCACCGCUGUGAUGUUUAUGGCAAAGCCUGUGCAGAGUGUUGCCUGGCCAGAGACCCUUACUGUGCCUGGGAUGGGUCCUCAUGCUCACGCUAUUUUCCUACUGCAAAGAGACGCACAAGACGACAAGACAUAAGAAAUGGAGACCCACUGACUCACUGCUCAGACUUACAACACCAUGAUAACCACAAUGGUCAUAGCCUUGAAGAGAAAAUCAUCUAUGGAGUAGAAAAUAGUAGCACUUUUCUGGAAUGCAGUCCGAAGUCACAGCGAGCACUGGUCUAUUGGCAAUUCCAGAGACGAAAUGAAGAACGAAAAGAAGAGAUCAGAGUCGGUGAUCAUAUCAUCAGGACGGAACAAGGGCUCUUGCUACGUAGCCUGCAAAGGAAGGAUUCUGGCAAUUACCUGUGUCAUGCUGUGGAGCACGGAUUCAUGCAAACUCUUCUUAAGGUGACCCUAGAAGUUAUUGACACAGAACAUUUGGAAGAACUUCUUCAUAAAGAUGAUGAUGGAGAUGGGGCUAAGACCAAAGAAAUGACCAACAGCAUGACGCCUAGCCAGAAGGUCUGGUACAGAGACUUCAUGCAGCUCAUCAACCACCCCAACCUGAACACGAUGGAUGAGUUCUGUGAACAAGUGUGGAAAAGGGACCGAAAACAACGCAGGCAAAGACCAGGACAUUCUCAAGGGAACAGUAACAAGUGGAAGCACUUGCAGGAAAACAAGAAAGGUAGAAACAGGAGGACCCACGAAUUUGAGAGGGCACCCAGGAGUGUCUGAGCUGUGUUACCUUAGAAACCUCAAAAGUAGAAACUUGCUUAGACAAUAACUGGAAAAAAUGCAAUAUACAUGAACAUUUUUCAUGGCAUUAUGUGGAUGUUUACAAUGGUGGGAAAUUCAACUGAGUUCCACUAAUUAUAAAUUAAGUCCAUGAGUAACUCUCCUAACAGGCUUUCUUCUGAAUAUCAACACCUCACAGAGAUCACUGAUGAGCGCAGAUGUUCACUUCCGCUGACUUAAUGUUUCCUACGAUAGUUCAUUUUACUGAUUCCACUUUCUUCUUUGCCUGAGAAAUAAAAGUGUCACUUGCCAUUGAAAGGAGAAAAACUGCAUCAGCAAAGCCAUUUUUAUCAAACUGAAAGUUGAGAAUAAACUGCAUGGAUAUAGUAAGCUGAUGAAUAUUCCAAACAUGAAUUGAUUCAAGGAUAUGUUUUGUCUACCAGCACUCAUGUUUGUAUGUACUGGAGGAGUCAAAAAAGGAAAAUGAAACUGAAUGAAGUGGUCUGUGGAAAUAUAGAAACAGAAACCAUCCAACAUCCAGAAGAAUAACGGGAUACACUGAUCUACUACUGAUGUCUUCUUUCAGCUUUGAUCUAAAGAUGUAUUUUAUUAAAACUAUAAUUUAAAUGUAUCAUGACAAAUAUGCAGUAAAAAUUAGCUGUUUUCUAAGGUAGAGUAGGUUUCUGUCUUACAGUUACUGUGUUACAUAGUUUGUUUAAAAAUUCCAAUUGUGUGCUGCUUAUUUUUUUUCUACAUUUUGUUUUUUGCUCUGUAAGAGGGACAGACAAUAUCACUUUAGACACAUAUACACAUCUUUAACUGUUAAUUCUUAAAACCAAGAUAUAAAUUAUGAUUUUUUUCCUUUGAGGAAAUCAUAUAGAAGGUAUCACCUCCCAUUUUUUAAAGUAUUAUCUAUCUUAACUCUAACUUGCAUAACAUUCUUAGACAACCAGAAAAUUAAGACAGCACAAAAGGGAAGAGACUCAUUUGUUAGAUGCAUUCUGUUCUAUGUAAAGGAUCAAUGAAGCAAAAAUGAACUAUUGUAUCUCAUGAAAAUAACGAUAACUGUCUUAACAUAAUGUUAAUAGAAUGUCUCUCAAUUUUAUGCUUGAGUCUUUGGAUGAUUUUUGAGACAUAGAAGUCUCUCAUGAUUCCACUGGGAAUUAUAUUAUUAUAUCAGUCACUUAACAAUUUUUGAAAGAGAGAGACCAAUGAUAUUCAGAGUGACACCGUAAAAACUCAUUUCCUAAUCAUUUCCUUCUGAAUGAGCUAUCUUUUAAUUCACCCUACUUAAUACAAUUAUUUGUACAAAAAGCACAUAGUUGUUUUCAUCUCAAUGGAAGUAAAUUUAUGUAAACCAUUUUUCAGGAUACAUGCUGCACUUAGAAAAUAUAAAACUCAUUUUCUGAAAAACUUACAAAAUAAUGCAAAAGAACACUUAAGAAUGCCUCCUUUGCUGUCUGAGGAUGAUUUCUUGCCAAUCAAUGAAUUCGGGAUGCUUAAGACUUUGUGCAUUACAAUAUAGUCUGUUUGCACUACACUCGUCUUUUUAGAAAUCCCUUCUUAGUUCCUUCAUCGUGCACAAAAAUUCAAAGCAAAUAUCUUCCUGUUAAUUAAAGAAGUGGCACUGAGAUUUAACUCUAGUUGUCUCUGGAUUCUAAUUAACUCAGCAUUAAUUUCUCACCUCAAACUACAGUAAAUUGUUAUUCCCUCUCUGCUGAAAUAUUUCACAGAUGGAGUCUCAUGUUUCAGUUUUAAUGAUUAUUUAAAUAAACAUUUUGUUGACACUUCUUUCGAAUAAAAGCCUAAAAAUAAUCUACAUCCAAUUUUAGGCUCCUUGACUAAUAUGUGUUACUUUUGGAAGGCCAUCCUCAAAGGGAAGCUUAAUUGAUAAAUUAUUUGAAUAUCACACUUCUGUACAGAGAAUAGUGUUGGAAAUAUGUCAAAGAACAAAGAGUACUCCAAAAUAGGCCAUUCAUUUUUUAUAGGGUCUUAACUGUACUAAAAUUCAGUGUUGUAUUUCAUUCAAAAUUUAAAGUUGAAGCAAAUUUGUUUGCAUAACCUAAGUAUCUCACUUAUUUCUAGUCCUUAACAGUAAAGGUGUUAAAGGGAUCGACAUCUUAUGAUAACUUCAUGAAUACCUCCCUCAAAUCUACAUGCAUUUUAUCACUAUGAAAUAUCAAUAGAAAAAAAAAUUUAGGCUUCAAUUAAAAGUACCCAAAGUAAAUAAAUAUACUGGCAUGUCUUUAAAAACCACUAUUCUAAGUUUUCAAAGAAAUUUAGAGACAUAACUUGCAGAUAAAAACUCUUAGGGCAGUCAUAAUCUGCCGGUGUGUAUUGAGAGAGGGCAGUUUGCACGAAGAAGAAUGAAUGUCCUUCCCAUUUAUUAAUUCAGUUUAGAUAGACUGACAUAUGCAUGUGUCACCACAGGUGAAACCUGACUCAGAGACGCAUGUGUCCUUAGCAAAUUAGCACAGCAUUCUUCAAGUAUGAAAAAGAUGCAUCACAAUUAACAGAACAUGGUCCCAUUGAUAGCAAAUGUAAAGUAUAAAUGCAUGCAAAUGCACAAUUAUUGCUUCUUUUAUGCAUAAUUUAGUGAUUUAUAAUGGUAAGUGUUUAAUAUUUUUGCUACCAAUACAUUAGUCAAAAGAGGUGUAAAUAAUUUUUUAAAAAGAUGAAGAACAGAGUAAGAUGCAAGUUUCUAUAGAUACUCCAUUUCAGUGUGUUCAAUACAAGACUCAAGUGCAAGGUUUGCCACACCAGUGACAAGGGAGUUAUGUACUGUUUAAGGUUGGGAAAUGUGUGCCCCCUCCAUAAGCAUGCUUUACACCAAGUAGUAAAUACGUCCCAUAUCUGUACUAUCAUUGAAUUUCAGAUAGGAACUAGAAAACUGGAGAGAAAAAUGUAAUGAAACUGCUGCUGUAAAUUAUUCCUUUUCAGCAUGUAUUCAGUUGCUAAAUACACAUUUCUUCAAAAUAUUUGAAUUCAGAUGUCUUUACUGUUCCCUAUAACAUAUGGCAUUGAGGAACAUAGCUUUGAAACAUUCAAGAACUAGAGUCAGGGUGCUGUGUAAUUAGCAAACAGAUUUCUUAAUUGUAAUCAUCUGUAAAUUACAUUCUCUAUUCAGGGUAAUGUGGUUUUUUACCUUUUAAAUUAAAUAUUGUUCUUCUUAUGUCAUACCUGGAAAGAAAACAUGGUGAUGGAAAGUCCAAAAUGUGUCAUACAUAUGCUAACCCAUUUCCUUUUAUGAUCCAUAUAGAUGCCAGAUGUCUUAUCAUUGAUAGGCCUAUCCUGAAGGUCACUGGCAAACAUUUUAUUAAUACAAACACAUUAGGAUAAUAUUUUGAAAUCUUUGUUUUAUGAAUUUCUUUUUAAACACAAUUUUAAUUUAAUGGGUGUCUGUCAGGUUUCAUGGUUUUAAAGACACACUUAACAAAUAGGAUUUAAUACCACUUUAUUGUGUAAUAUGAUGCUGGAUAUAAAGUAGCCUAAUGCAAAGACAUUCAUGAUUUUAAUUUUACAUUAGAAAUAAUUAUUUAAGGUUAAUGUCAAUGUUUGUAGUAUAUGUUUCCAUAAGUAAGAAAACAUUAUUUUUCAGAACUUUGUAAAAUCCUAUUAGUUUGUUAGAUUUCUAAAACAUUCUUGUAUUAGUUAUUUAAAGAACUGAAUCUUUAUAAGUUAAUAAAGAGGACCCCCUAAGUGAAAAAAAAAAAUGAAGUUGCCGAAAUGGGGCUUCUUAUAAUUAGGUUAUUUUUCUGAUCAGCCUAUCCAAAGAAAACAUCUUACUUGUUCAUUUCAAGCAUUCAAGCAUGAACAGACAGAGGCAAUGAUACAAAUAGAAUCAAACCAUUAAACUAGGAUAAUUUUAAGUAUAAAGAAAUUGGGAGCCAGAAAUGUUAGCACACACCUACAAUCCCAAAGGAGGCUGAAGAUAAAGGAUUGUGAGUUGAGGUCCACCUGGGCCACACAGGGGGAUCUUGUCUUAAAGAAUCAGAAAAGAUAAAAAGAAAAAUAAAUCAAGCUUUUGGAUACUUUGCCCAUUAAAUCUAGAUUUUAACUCUUCAAGUUUCAUAGACAGAACUUGAUUAUGAAUCUUGUGAGGUGAUAUGAUACUAAGAUGAAUGAGACAUGACCCUGUCUUCAAAGUGCUCAAAAUGAAGAGAACCAAUGACAUGAGUUGUCAUUAUCACUAUGUGUAACAAUUCUUGACAUAACCCAUCUCUGGUAAAACUGUGCCUUUCUUAUACUUUUUCUUGUCCCACUUAACACAGUGGUAUGAUACACUUGUUACAAACCCAUUUUCCUUUCUAGAACGUGAGUUUUUUGAAGGCUAGGGUAUUUUAUUGUUUUUGUUUAGUUUAGUGUGAGAUGGAGUCCUCUACAGCCCAGGCUGGAAGGCUGGCCUUGAACUCACUACACAGCAAAGAAGAUCACCUUGAAUUCCUGAUCCUCUUUGCUUCACCUCCUGAGAGCUCAGGUUGCAGUCAAAGAUCACUACACCUAGCAAGGUUUGUGUUUGAUGCUUUUCUGCUCUGGUGCCUACCAUGAUGCCAAGGAGAGGAGUCAUGUAAGUCUCUGCUGAAAAGAACCACUUUAUAACAUGCUGUGACAAACUGGAGUUCCCAAAAGAAACUCUGUCAGUAAAAAAGAAAGAAGGAACUAAUUUGUGAGGAAAAAGCCAGAAGUGCUUCAGAGAAAAGUGAUAUGGGAGCUAUGAAUUGAAAUAAAUAUUAGAUUUUCCUAGAAGAAGAAAGACAGAUACCCAAAAGUCAGAGAAAUAAGGCUAAGGAGAGAAGCUGUGAAAACCGGUAUUUUUUUCUAAGAGCAUGUAUUCCAAAUGAGUGGAGCAUAAUGUUAAUAAAGAAAAGUGAUGUGUCUUA